UCACGUUGGCAAAUAUGCGCGGCGGGUGAUGGGAAUAAUAAAAUGACGCUCAUGCUAUAACUUUUCAUUCUUGACCGCGCCAAUUCAUCAAAAAGUAGGCAUCGCUUUGUAAACAUACCCCGCCUUUUUCUUUCGACUUCCAUCUCGUCUUCGCGCCAUUUACGCAGUUAUCGUUCUUCACAAACCGCCAUUUGGAUUCUACUGCAUCGCAAACCGCCGUUUGCAUUCCAUUGCAUCGCAACCCACCAUUUGCAUUUGACUGAGUCUUUGGAGUGAGGUUGUUGGUGGAGCUAUUUUCCCUUCUUCAGAGGUUGUGAGGUAUCCAGUUUCCUACUUCAGCGGUGGCACAGGAUCAACCAUCCAUCAACCGGUUUCCUUCUGCAGCGGGUGUAAGGCGUUGUGUCUCCGGUCGUGCGUGACUAUGGCUAUGACUGUAGCGAUCGAUGCUGAGGAGGUUCGGAACAGGCUCGUUGCCAUUUCCAGCCCGCCGCCGACGAGUCAGCAAGCUAUGGAGGAUCGUCCUAUAGCGCGAACACAAUCUGCAAAAAGGUUGGACCAGUUCCGGAAUCGUCUGAUGGCCAUCUCCGACUAUGUGUCGGAUGAGCAGGAGAAGGCUGUACGAGCGAGUGAUCACGAAUCACGAUCACCUCCAGCAGGAGUGCUUAUGAGCUAGACGUGUGGCGGCGCUCUCCUCAUCCUUGCGGACACGAUGAUGUGAAACUCGGUGCA